AUGGUUUAUGGGAAGAAGACUACCACCAUCUCCGCGGCUAAUAGCCAGCAGGAUAAGGAGUAUGUCUUCCCCAAGGGCCCGGAGGAUACCGUCUCAGCAUUGCGUUGGUCGCCUGUGUCAAACCACUUGGCGGCCGCAAGCUGGGAUGGUAAAGUCUACAUCUAUGAUGCGACCAACACGACCUCAAGCGACACCAUCAAGGGCGUCGCCGCCAUUCCCGUUGGCUCCCCCGUCCUCGACUGCGAUUUCAACAAGGACGGAACCAUCGCCGUUGGCGCGUCGGCAGACAAGAAGCUUCAUCUCAUGGACCUCAACUCGAGCCAGACCAUGACGCUAGAAGCCCACACCUCACCCGUUCGCACCGUCCGCUUCGUCAACGUCCCCUCCGCCAACGCCCCCAUCAUCGCUUCGGGUUCCUGGGACAGGACGGUGCGUUACUGGGACAUGCGCCAGCCACAGCCCAUUGGCGCGCUGGAACUGCCCGAGCGCGUCUACGCCAUGGAUACCGGCGGCUCUGUGCUUGCCAUUGGCACCGCCGAAAACCAUCUACACCUCGUUAAUCUCCACGACAACCCGCUUAAACUAUGGAAGUCUAUCGCAUCCCCCAUUCCUCAUCAGACCACCGCCGUCUCAGUCACCCCCGACGGCACCCGCUGGGCGAUCGGUACUAUUGCGGGGCGUGCAGCUGCUCAAGUCGUCGACGAGAAGGAUCUAAGUCUCGCAAACCUGUCGUUUAAGUGCCAUCGCGAGGCCGUCCCCAACAAGAGAAACGCGACGGACAGCUACGCCGUCAACGACGUGGCCUGGUCGCCAGGCCACAAGGACGUGUUCGCCACGGCCGGGUCCGAUGGCACCUUCUCCAUCUGGGACGUGCUUAACCGCAACCGCCUGCGCUCGUUUCCCAAGGUCUCGAGCCCGGUCACGGCGGUCAGCUUUACUCGCGAUGGCAUGGGCAUGGCCUAUGCCAUGGGAUACGACUGGGCCAAGGGCUACCAGCACCACAAGGCUGGGGCCGAAACGAAGAUUGUCAUGCACCGUUUUGCGACGGCGCUGAAGUAG